AACUCAGCGGAUCAGGCAGCAUCUGUGGAGAAGAUAGAUACAAAGUGCUGGAGUAACUCAGCGGGUCAGGCAGCAUCUGUGGAGAGAAUGAAUGGGUGACAUUUUGGGUCGAGACCCUUCUUUGGUUUAGUCCGCGCCGACCAGCGAUCACCCCGUACACUAGCACUAUCUUACGCACAUUAGGAACAAUUUAACAGUUUUUCGGAGGCCGAGUAAUCUACAACCCUGAACGUCUUUGAAAUGUUGGAGGAAACCGGAGCGCCCGGAGUAAAACCCCACGCAGGUCAAGGGGAGAACGUGCAAACUCCUCACAGACAGCACCCGUAGUCAGGAUCAUACCCGGGUCUCUGGCGGUGAGGCAGCAACUGUACCGCUGCGUCACUGUGCCGCGCAUAAUUAUAUAAGUUUCCUCCGCCAUAAACGCACCCAAUAUGUGCUAGUAAUGUCCUGUUUGCCAGCUUGUUGACCAUCUGUGUUCCCCUCCUGCAGGGUUUAGGAGCUGUUGCUGUGGACGGAGAGACAGGGACGCGAGCGGCCAUUGAAGGCGGCCAGGGUGCCGGUGAGCCCCCCCCCCCACCCCCAUCUGCUCGGUGUGCGGCUGAGCUUCGAUGGAGGACCACAUGACGGGGCACAACAAGGAGAAGCUUUAUGAGUGCGACGUGUGUGGCAAGGCCUGGCGGAGCCCGAGUCUGCUGGAGAUCCACCAGCGGGUGCACACAGGAGAACGCCCCUUCGACUGCUCAGAGUGCGGCAAGAGCUUCUCCCGCUAUGAAAACCUGCAGCGGCACAAGAGUGUGCACUCCAGCGAGAGGCCCUUCACCUGCUCCGACUGCGGCAAGAGCUUCAAGGUGGCGAAUAACCUGAAGAGACACCGAAAAGUGCACACGGGCGAGAAGCCCUAUGGCUGCUGCUCCACCUGCGGCAAGAGCUUUACCCGGUUGUAUGGGCUGCAGGUGCACCGGCGGAUACACACGGGCGAGAAGCCCUAUGGCUGCUCCACCUGUGGCAAGAGCUUUACCCGGUUGUAUGGGCUGCAGGAGCACCGGCGGGUGCACAGCAGUGAGCUGCCCUUCACCUGCUCUGACUGCGGAAAAGGCUUCAAGUCGUCGCCAGACCUGAAGGUGCACAGGCGCCUGCACACUGGGGAGCGGCCCUAUACCUGCAGCGAAUGUGGCAAGGGCUUCACCCGCUUCAGAAACAUGCUGGGGCAUCAACGCACCCACACCGGCGAGCGUCCCUACACCUGCACCCAGUGCGGUAAGGGCUUCACCCAGUCCACCAACCUGCUGUACCACCAGCGCACCCACACCGGGGAACGGCCCUACACCUGCAGCGACUGCGGCAAGGACUUCAGCCGCUCCGACAGCCUGCUGUACCACCAGCGCACCCACACCGGCGAGCGCCCCUACACCUGCGCCCAGUGCGGCAAGGGCUUCACUAAGUCCAGUCACCUGCUGUCCCACCAGCGCAUCCACACCGGGGAACAGCCCUACACCUGCAGUGACUGCGGCAAGGGCUUCAGCCGCUCCGACAGCCUGCUGUACCACCAGCGCACCCACACCGGCGAGCGCCCCUACACCUGCGCCCAGUGCGGCAAGGGCUUCACUCGGUCCGGCAGCCUGCUGGAGCACCAGCGCACCCACACCCGCGAGCGCCCCUUUACCUGCGUCCAGUGUGGCAAGGGCUUCACUCGCUCCUACAAGCUGCUGUCCCACCAGCGGGUGCACGCCGGCGACCGUCCCGUCCCCAGCCCGGUGUGUGGAGAGCGCUUUGCCAUGGCUUCCCGCACCCUGUCUCACCAGCACGUGCACACCAGUGGCCAGCCCUACGACUGCCCGUAUUGUGGUGAGGAGUUUGACAGCUCACGGGGGUUGCGGCAGCACCGGAGGACCCACGCCGGCGAGCAGCUGCUCCCACUGUGACAAGAGAUCACGGGGGCUGCAGGAGCACCAGCGGUUACACACCGGAGAGAGACCCUUUGUGUGCGCUGAAUGUGGCACGGGCUUCACCCGGCUUGACCACCUGCUGGAGCACAGGCGAGUCCACACCGGCCAGCGCCCCUUCACCUGCCCACUCUGCGGCAAGGCCUUUGCCCACUCCUCCAGCCUGCUGGCACACCACCAUGUGGAUAAGUGCUGUUUAGGUAAACACAAAAUGCUGGAAGGUAUGGGUAAUGUUUCAGGGUCAAGACCCAUAUUCAGUGCCGACCCGAAACGUCACCCAUUCCUUGUCUCCAGAGAUGUUGCCUGACCCGCUGAGUUACUCCAGCACUCUGAAAUGUCACCUAUACAUGUUCUCCAGAGAUGCCUGACCCGCUGAGUUACUUCAGCACUUUGUGUUAAUCAUAGAGUGAUACAAUGUGGAACCAGGCCCUUCGGCCCAACUUGCCCACACCAACCCAACAUGUCCCAGCUACACUAGUCCCACCUGCCUGUGUUUGGUCCAUAUCCCUCCAAACUUGUCCUAUCCAUGUAACUGUCUUUCUUGGGAUAGCCACAGCCUCAACUACCUCCUCUGACAGUUUGUUCCAUACUCCCACCA